AUGGCAGUGCAAGAAGAGCUGAAACUUGGACGAGUGGACAACGUGAACCCCGGAGGCCGAAAAGGUGAACAGAAGCCUGCAGAACUCCUGCCGUCUUCAGUAUUGCAUGCGCUCAUUUGCGCUCAUGCUCGCGGGGGCGAUGCAGACGCAGCCUUCUCGCUUUUGGGCUCAUUGGAGGCAUCUCAGGCAGAGAGCAGUGCUGGUGCAACCGAGAAGAUUCCGGUGGAGAUCUUUGAAGCCCUCGUCGAAGGCUUGGUGAGUGGGGGGCGCGUGGAAGCUGCCUUCGCUGCUUUUGAUCGAAUGCGGACGUGGGCGCUACUGGUUCCGUCGCCGCAGCUGUACACACAGAUGAUCAAAGCUUGUGGGAUUGUCCGGGUCGCUCGCCUGGCCUGUCGUCCAGCCAAGUUGCUCGGGAUGUUUUGUAGUGCGUCCUGUGACGUGCAAGUUUGCGCGGGAGCUUGCAUAUGA